GGACCCGCGGGCGGGGCAGGGGGCCGGAAAAGCUGGCGCUGGAAUUAGAACGGGAGUGGCUGCCCUGGCGCGGGCCGCUAGGCGGUGGGUGCGUGACCCGCAGAAGACCCCAGGGAUGGGCUGGCGGCUGUGAGGGGAGCUCCUCUGGAUCAAGCUACAGUGCAAAAUGUUUCGGAAAGGCAAAAAACGACACAGUAGUAGCAGUUCCCAAAGCAGUGAAAUCAGUACGAAGAGCAAGUCUGUAGACUCUAGCCUCGGGGGCCUCUCUCGAUCCAGCACUGUUGCCAGCCUCGACACAGACUCCACCAAAAGCUCAGGACAAAGCAACAGCGCCUCAGACACCUGUGCAGAAUUUCGAAUAAAAUAUGUCGGUGCCAUUGAGAAGCUGAAAGUCUCUGAAGGCAAAAGCCUUGAAGGGCCACUAGACCUGAUCAAUUAUAUAGAUGUUGCACAGCAAGAUGGAAAGUUGCCCUUUGUUCCUAUGGAGGAAGAAUUUAUUAUGGGAGUUUCCAAGUAUGGUAUAAAAGUAUCGUCAUCGGAUCAGUAUGACGUCCUGCACAGGCACGCGCUGUGCCUGAUCAUCCGCAUGGUGUGCUACGACGACGGCCUCGGCGCCGGCCGGAGCCUGCUGGCCCUGAAGACCACCGACGCGAGCAACGAGGAGUACAGCCUGUGGGUCUACCAGUGCCGCAGCCUGGAGCAAGCACAAGCAAUCUGCAAAGUUUUAUCCACCGCCUUCGACUCCGUAUUGACAUCUGAGAAGCCUUGAAUUCUGCCGCGAGGGGAAGUGUGACUGGGAACGGAAGUUCAGCUGUUUUCUCGGUAGUUGUUUCCAGGCUGCCGCGCUGAACUAGCAUGAAAAUGUGAAGUGAUUCCUUGCUCUAGACUUUCUGG